CCCCGAUAACCGAUAUCGCCACUCUAGGCCUUCGUGCGGUCCUUCGUCUCCCCCAUGCCCCUCUCUCCCUUGUCGUACGCGCGAUACGUACCGGUAACGGGAAGAGAGCCUCCGUCUGUAACAUCCGCGACGUUGAUCCGUUGAUCCUCGCGAUUACGAAGAGCGGCUCGCGAUCGAAUCUGGCUUCGGAGAAGAGCGGGACGAAAGGUAGGGAUACGUUCGUUUAACGACGCCAUUGACAGCGUGGACACCUGAGCCGGAUGCUAGAUACGAUAAAAGCGAUGUCAUUCGUAUCGGCGUAGCUCGCGGUACCGCGAGUUUGACAAACUCUCUCUCUCUCUCUCUCUUUUUUCGCACGAUUGAUCCACGUGCUAAAAGGCACAAGGACGCGUAUAUUUAUGUGCGCGUGUGUGUACAUACGGGUGUGUACAUACAUUCGCUUAGUACGCUCGUCGAUUCCAACGACGACGUCCAUCAUAGCAGUGAGACCAGUGAUUAGACAACGAGUACUCGGAAUCGUUCCGGAAUCGUCCCGACGAGCGGCCAAUCGCGUUCGGGCCGGUCUACUCCGCUCGGUUGGUAAAAAAGCGCGAGCAGCUCCCAUACGUCGAGAGGAAUUCCUACGUCGGCCCAGAACAUCGAGAGAAAGGGAGAGAGAAAAAAACACAGGGAGAUAUAUACGGAUAGGGAGUGAGGGUAGCCAGCUAGAGAGAGAAAGACGCAGGAAGCGGACGCGCGGACAAGAGAGAUAGAGGGACGCGGCUAGAGAGAGAGAGAGUGUCCUAAGGGUAGGGGAGGGGAGGCGACUUGCUAGAAAGCUAGGUAUCGGGAGGCGACGGGGAAAGCUAGAGCUCUUCACCACCCGCACGAGUUUCCCUUCAACAGUCGUCCGAAGUCCGAAGCGACACGCGGCGUCUUUUCUUCCUUCUCCGAGUGCGAGUGUGGACUAGUUAUAGUUAGACAGUGCUCGUCGUCAUAGCUAUCCCUCAUCAUCAUCAUCAUCAUCAUCAUCAUCAUCAUCGUCGUCGUCGAUUUGGUUAUAAAAUCGUCGACGUUACCCCGUGGCGUGUAUCGCGGUGUCGUCAUAUAACGUCGCCUAAGAAGGAGGGAGCGACGUGCUCGAAGGAGGGAGCAAAACGCGGGACGGAAGGAACGGAAGAGAACCAAAGAGAAUACAGAGAGAGAGAGAAAGAGAGAGUGCGAGGAAGUGCGUGCGUCGUAAUCGACGAGGGAGAGGUGAAUCCUCGACGUCUUGAGAGAAAUCUUGUUUUCGCAACGUUCCGGGAUAACAUCUCCUUGUGUCGCCUCGACGUUGAACGUGUCGCUCCGGGACGAUCGCGCGACGAGGGACAGUGGAAAGUGUACCCUUUUUCACGCUUGUCGUCUUCCCUCCUUCUCUCUCCACCCCGGUGGUGCGAGAGCUCGAGCCAGUGUUUUUAGUGCCAGUGUUUAAAGUCUACCUCAAGAGAUACGGCGGCUUGCAGCCGAUAAAGCAGUUUAAGAAAGAGAGAGAGAGAAAAGAGGAAAUACAAGAGUGAAGCUUUACGUUUUGUGCGCGAGUUCUACGAGAGAAAGAGAGCAAAGUUAUUAAAGUAAACAUGUCUCUGGAUAAGUUCGCGGAAGGCGGUGCGCUGCAGAAGGAGAUGGAGCGUCUGGAGAUCGAGGACAAGAACGGCGACAGUCAGAGCAGCAGCGGCAUUGCCAAGGCCCUAGUGAGCAAUAUUCCGGCUCAGGCCCGACCAGAAGAUCUCGAGGCGCUGUUCUCCGCUUACGGCCAGAUACAAAACAUCGAUAAACUGUCGUCGCGGGACCCAAACACGCAAACCUUACUCGUCAGCUAUGAGACGCAGGAACAAGUACAACAUGCUGUGAACCAGUUGAAUGGCUACGAUUUCGACGGCAAUCCGCUGAAAGUGGAGAUGUCCUCGGCGGAGGGCCGACGAAGAGGCCGCAGCCAGCGCAGCGGCGGCGUCGCUUUCUCCGGAUUGCCGGGUUCCGGUCGGCAGACCGAUUUUCCGCUGCGCAUCCUCGUCCAGUCGGAUAUGGUGGGCGCGAUAAUCGGCCGCCAGGGCUCCACAAUACGGCAGAUUACGCAGGUAUCCCGUGCCCGAGUUGACGUUCACCGCAAAGAUAAUGUCGGUUCGCUGGAGAAGGCCAUCACCAUCUACGGCAAUCCCGAGAAUUGCACAAACGCCUGCAAGAAAAUUCUGGAUGUCAUGCAGCAGGAGGCGACGUCUACGAAUAAGGGGUACGACGACGUCGCGAGUCGCGUUGAUACUCCCAAAAUAGAAUCUGAGAUUACUCUGAAGAUUCUCGCACACAAUAAUCUCAUUGGUCGAAUCAUCGGGAAGGGCGGUAACACGAUCAAAAGAAUUAUGCAGGAUACCGAUUCCAAGAUUACCGUCAGCAGUAUCAACGAUAUCAAUAGCUUUAAUCUCGAGCGCAUCAUUACAGUUAAGGGAACAAUCGAUAACAUGAGCAAAGCCGAGUCCAUGAUUUCCAGCAAACUGCGCCAGAGUUAUGAAAAUGAUCUGCAAGCUAUGGCUCCCCAAAGCAUGAUGUUCCCCGGUCUGCAUCCGAUGGCCAUGAUGUCCACCGCUGGCAUGGGCUACAGCUCCCGUGGACCCGGCCUCUACGGCUCGGGACCCGCCCCGUAUCCCUACCAGGGCAGCUUGCCUACUCAACAGGGCGUCCCCGCUAGUGACACUCAAGAGACGACCUUCCUAUACAUUCCCAACAAUAGCGUCGGCGCAAUCAUCGGUACCAAAGGCUCCCAUAUUCGUAAUAUUAUUAGAUUCUCUGGAGCAAGCGUGAAGAUCGCUCCUCUCGAACAGGACAAGCCGGCCGAGCAGCAGACCGAAAGAAAGGUCACUAUCAUCGGCUCCCCGGAAUCUCAGUGGAAGGCUCAGUACUUGAUUUUUGAGAAAAUGCGGGAAGAAGGAUAUGUCGCCGGUACUGAAGAUGUUAGACUAACCAUUGAGAUUCUCGUGCCCAGCACUCAGGUCGGUCGCAUCAUCGGCAAAGGCGGUCAAAAUGUUAGAGAACUACAACGCGUGACUGGCAGUGUCAUUAAACUAUCGGAGCAGCAAGCUACUCCUCCUUCAGCUGAGGAAGAGACCACCGUCCAUAUCAUUGGCCCCUUCUUCUCCGUUCAGUCGGCCCAGAGAAGAAUCCGCGCUAUGGUCCUGCAAUCGGGCACGCCUGGCGGGACUGGCGGAACUGGCUCGCGUGCCGGACGCGGUAGCAGCCAGGAAGGCGCCUCCCGUUCUAAGAGAGACGGCAGCGCCACUUCUCAAGGCGGUAUGACGUCGCAGCCCAGCUCCCAGCAACAAUCGAGCGGUUCACCAUCUAGCCAGCAGCAGCAGCCGCCACAAUCGCCGCAAAGCCAGUAACGUCGAUGACAUCUACAUUGAUGCGGAUCGACGCCUAUCCAUUUUAUUCGCCGGAGUGGCCUCGUCGUCGCUUUGACAUUCUCUCUCGUCGAGAGGCUGAACUUAUCACGACCACCUCCUCCUCUCGCGAGGCACGAAAUCCUCCCCGGCGGGGGAGGGCUUUGAACGAGGGCUUUGCGCGACGCGCAGAUUGUGACGAGAAGACGCGCUCUGAGAGUUAACUCGAUAUCGUCUCGAGAUGCAGCAGCGAGUUUCACGAACUUUGACUCUGCGAAUUAAUUCUCAAAAAUUUCGGUUUUUUGCGAGCGCGAUUUUGGAGUUAAAAUAUGACAAGUUAACCGAAAUUUUUUGAAAAUUAAGUUGUAGCGUGGCGAGUUCGGUGGAGAGUUAAUUCUGAGAAUUCACGAAUAAGGAUUUUAAUUUUCCAGAAUCCAAGACUCAAUUGUAAAUGUCAGUCAACGAGACUUUCCGUUCGGUUUGAUAUGCGCGUCUAUUGUGAUCGACCUCGAACUUAAUCAUUAGCGAACGAUGUUAUCUUUCGCGUCCCUUCGCCAAUGGGAACGCAGUUGUGUGAAAUCAAUCGCAUUGGCAAAGUUCGGCUGGAAAUCGCGAUUUUCCAGUCACGACUCUGAUACAAAAUCUGAAACGGUGACGAAGGAUCGAGCGAGAACAAAGGCGUACUCGCUGCAACCGAACGGAAGAACGCCAAAGCGUACUAAUCUAAGCUGGUUAUGUCCAGUCAGAUACACUGCCGGUACUCGAUCGCUCUCGUUGACGAAAAAAUAUCAUGUCGUUUUCCCCUUCGCUCUACGCGUCGCGUUUACAUCUCGCAACAACGACAAAGCGACUCGUGCAACCGCGCACGACCCAAUUUCGCAGCGCUAUAACGAAACCACCGCCGCCGAUGAAAUAGGAUACGACGAUAUGAGAGAACAAACUGAUAAGGCAAAAAAAAAAAAAAUAGAAAAAAGAGAAAAACACACACAA